CGAGAAAUCCCGGUAUGCAACGGGUUAACCAGCAGUUCCUGACUCCGGUCUGCGAAAGAACACGACAGAUGCAUGCAGAGGCAGAACGAGGUGUUUGUGCGCUUGCGAGACAGAGGGGACUGCUGAGAAAGUGAAAGCAAACUAAAUUACAACCGUCUGACACUGAAGGGUAGAGCUGUGAAGGCCGACCCCCCCCGUCCCCCCAGUCCCCCAAAACCACACACGCCCACCCCCCCCACCCCCGAGGGACAGAGCGCGGUCUGAGUCCAGGAAACUUGGGGCACUAGCCGGCGGCUGUCACCAUCUGACCUGACAGGAGGGAUACAAUGGAGCUCUAGCACCAGACAAGCAGCUGUACCCCUGGACACUGUGUCCCACCUCUGCUGGUCCUCUGCAGCCACCAGCACCCCCAUUCUAACCUGGCCUAAGGAUGGGGACACAGAGUGGCAUCCCAGCUUAACCCCGGUUACAAUGCCAGCUCCUGCUGUUGGCGGGUUUCUGCUGCCGUGGGGAACCAGGCUGUGAGCACAGGAGUCGGUGACAAAAUGAAGGCUGGACUUAUGGUUUUCACACUGCUCCUAAACCCCGUCCUGACCACCCCAGCUCAGAACAAAGCUGUCUCAAGGAGGACAGAAGAAACUGACUGUAACUGCGCCUUCAAAAUGCCCACCCCAAUGGAGACAAGGUGGACAGGUGGCAAGACCUGGGCCAGGGGCUUUCACCUACAGGAGAUGGCAAGCUCUGGGUCAAAGUGCAAGUGUUACUGUGGGGUCGACCCAUGUGAAUACAAGAAUGAGCGUGGAGCAGCAAAGGCGAAGGUAGAAGUCUCAGAUUUGACAACAAUCCAGUCACUGGCUAUUGACCUCCAGGAGAUCUUUGACAAUGAGGAGACCAAGAGACUAAACUCGUACUCGGCCAAACUCAACAGCCAACUGAGGAAACUGGAGAAGAGGCUGGAACGUAAUGUUCCCAGUGUCAACGCCCUUCUGAGAGAGACUUUUGAGACAAUUGUUCAGCAUCGUUCCAUCUACCAGAACUUCUCCACCGCCAUGAGGGAUGUGAGGAAGGAGAUUAGCAAACUCAACUUCCUACUGCGGAAGCAGCAGCCUCUCCCACUCGAUAAAGGCACAAAGAACGUGGUCAGGCUGACCCCAAGCAAGUCAUUGCCCAUGAAUAGGAGCAUUUCAAAGGUCGGCAGCACAAAUGACCAACUCAGGCCUCAGAGCCCUGCUAGCACAAAGCCCAGGACCAGGCUGCACAUACCCACUUCUCGGCCUUCAGUACCUCCUCCCAAAACAGCAAACGGACAAACUUCAGACGAGUACAGAAACAUGAUUCGGGAAGACAGCUGUGAUGGAACUCCUGUGAUGAUCAGAGGCCCAAAGACACACAGCAGCUCUGGGCGUGGGGAAGGCGUCUGGAUGAAGGACUCUGUGAUCAAUCAGGACCGGGUCUAUGUGGCCAACUAUUUCUUCGGCACCACCUUGAUCGAGUUUCGUAACCUGGAGUAUUUCAAACUGGGCCGCUGGAGUAACACGUACAAGCUGCCGUCCAGCUGGAUGGGGACUGGGCACGCCGUAUACAACGGCUCCUUCUACUACAACAAGGCGUACACGCGGAACCUGAUCCGCUAUGACCUGCGGCUGCGGGCGGUGGCGAGCUGGACGACGCUGGACGAGUUGGGCAGGGGCUCCGGCGGCGACGGCACCUUCCGCUGGAAGGGCUACUCCGAGGUGGACUUCACGGUGGACGAGGGCGGCCUCUGGGUGGCCUACUUCUCCAACGACUUCGGCUACCUGUCCGAGGAGGUGCUGGUGCUCAGCCGCCUGGACCCCGUCGACCUGACCGCCAGGAAGGAGACCACUUGGAGGACCCAGCUCCGGCGUGCCUCCUACCGCAACUACUUCCUGAUCUGCGGCGUCCUGUACGCGAUGGGACUGCGGGGCCAGACGGAGGGCACUGUCGGCUACGCCUUCGACACCCACACCGGCUCCGAGUCAGACCCGGGGCUGAGAAUUCAAAGCAAAUACUCUUACCUCACCCAGAUAGACUACAACCCCAACGACAAGCUCCUGUACGCUUGGGAUAAUGGAUUCCAAGUCACUUACGAUGUGAUGUUUACUUAUUGACACCAGACCCCCAGUCCGAAUCCCAAUCGCAGCGUGGGCUGAGAUCCUGCUCCAGAAUUAGAGUUUUAUGUUUUGUUUUGCACUGGACAUGGGCUCUGACCAACCAGCUCAGAGCCAGUCCCUAGACUGAGGAGACCUUCUGAACCGCCUGUUUAUUCAUUUUUGUUCUAAUGUUUAAAAACCAAACGAAAAUAACUGCACAGAAGCCAGUAUCUCGCCAGCAAGUCACUCUUUAUUUACAUGUGCACAGUAAGUGGGCUCUGACCAGCCAGCUUAGAGCCGGGCCCUGGACUGAGGAGACCUUCUGUUUUUAUUUUGUGAGGAAGCUCUGAGUCUGCUGUUUACCUUUUUCAGUAUUCCGCCACGCGACCAGUGUGCAUCAACAGUGCUUAUUUCACCCCCUCAGUAUGUACUGUACCCUGUAUAUAUGCAGUGACUCAGUAAAGACACCAUUGUGCAAAUAAAUUUUAUUCAAUAUUUUCAUCACCAUCACACAUGCGCCCAGUGAACCAGCAACAUGUAUUCAGAAGCCGGCUAAUCUCGCCUCUCCCAUUGCUUUUAUGUCCACCCCACACCCUCCUCUCCAUCUCAACCAAUCAACAUGCAGAUACGUUCAACCCAUCUGUUCAAGGAUGUUAAGACACACCCACACGGCGUUUGAGAAGUAUUUCGACGUGCACUUAUUGGGCCAGGGCUGGAAAAUGCAAUUAGAAUAGUCAGGUGCUUGUUUUUAAAACUGGUGAACGUUCGACGGGCCGAAGAGCUUUUUUGGUUCCUGUGCUCUGAACUUCGGAAGCAGGUGCUCCUUUAUGAGUCUCCUGGCUCAGAGGCAGGGACAUGAUCACAGUGCCACAAGAGCCCCCACCCCUCCAACAAACAUACUUCCUCCACGCUUCCUGUGCUACUUUGGAUUUGCUGUAACUGUGUCGAUACUGUCCACCUUAAGUCUCACAACACGGAAACAGACCUUUCAGUCCAUCCAGACUACGUUCCCAAACUUAAAUAGUCCCCACCUGCCUGCACUUGGCCCAUGUGCAUCUAAACCUUUCCAAUAGGUGGGUAGGCCGUCCUGAUCGCUGUCGUAUUUGGGGGGGAUGUUAGAGAAACAAGACGGGUUGUCCUAGAGGUGGCCGGAAGGCGUGCCAGGGCGGACCAAGAGCCGGAAAGGCGGGAGGGAUGGGCGGCCUUAGAGUGGCCGGAAGGUGGGAGGGACGGAUGGCUUGUUGGUUUGCUGGGGCGGGUCUGUGUUCAAUGCACUGUUUUCUUUAUGUAAUUAGACUGUCAUGUAUGUAUUUGUUACUGUUUUGUGAUGACUGAAAGUGGGAUUUGAAAUUUGUUCUCAUUUCCCAGAAAGUUGGUUACCGGUAGGGUUUGCGACCUUGCUUUGCCGCUCCUCUUGUAAAAUUACUGUUUCUCUGUAUACAGCUGGUAAUGUUAAUUGUUUUGUAAACUGUAUUGUUUAAUAUAAUAAAAUAAAAUAAAUCCUUCCCAUCAUGUAAUUAUCCAAAGAUUUUUAAAUGUUGUAACCAAACUGUCCACCGCUUUCUCUAGAAGUUCAUUGCACACAUGAACCACUCAGUGUGAACAAGUUGCUGCUUAGGUUUUUAAUUGUUUCUCCUUUCACCUUUUACAUAUGCCCCCUCGCUCCCAGGGAAAUACCUUUGCCAUUCACCUUAUCUCAACCUCCUACGUUCCAGGGAAAAAAGUCCCAGUCUUUCCAGACUAUUUUUGCAACUCAAAACCUCCACUCCCAACAACACGAUCUUCCGAACCCUCUCCACUUUAAUAAUAUCCUUCCUGUAACUGGGCCUCGUGGUGCUCUCUCGCAGGUGGGAUGUCAAUCGGAGAUCAUUGGUUACGGUCUCCAGUGAGACGCUAUUCUGAAGGAGAGAUCCUCAGUGCCCUGGUCAGUACUUGCUCCUCAGUCAAUAUCACUGCAAGCGGAUUAACCGUUCAAUUCUCUGAUAGAAACGUAGGAACAAGAGGAGGCCAUUCAGCUCCUCCAGCCUGCUCUGCAAUUCGAUGAGAUCAUGACCAAUUUGCCUAACUCCAUAUAUCUGCCUGAGGGGGAAGAUUUUAAAAGGAGAAAGUAGUAACUUGUAAAAGGGAAUUUGAGAGGAAGAGGGGACAUAAGAUUGUGGAGCUCCGGGGAAAGGGGAGGGGUAAGUGAUAGCUCUGCUGUAGAAAUGGCACCGGCAGGAGGGGAUGAAUGACCUUUUCCAGCACUAGACUAUUCACCCAAUCAGCAGAGAGAGCUUAGAAAGUGAACUGCUGUUGAGCUAUUCAACUGUGGUCGGCCUCACUGACCAGGCAAUGUAGAUUGACCUACCCUUAAAAGCUGUGCGUUCUAUUCUGUUUUGACGACCAUUGGGAUGAUAAGUUGAAAUUUUAGCAACGCUUACCUCUGCCACCUUUCUCAAACCGUCAGAAGGCAGGCUGGGGGUGGCAGUAAUAGCCUCCCUUAACCUGAGAGCAGUACCUGUGAACUUGACAAACCUCCAUCCGGGGUGGCUGGAAUCAGUUCAGUAAGAAAUAUAGAUUCAAAAUCUGAACCGUUAAACCUGUUUGUUUCAAUAUUGUACAAAACAGCAUGGUCGUAGUUUCAUUGAAGUUUACAGCUCACCGCUGCGUGGGUCCAGCAAGUUGAGGGACAGCACGAUCACGCUGCUCCGGCCCAGUGUAUAGCCCGCAUACCAGUGUCCAGGCUGACACUACCAUUGCGGUUCGGAGAGUGUGCAGCCCUGCCUGAGGGGCCGGAGAAGAUAUGGAACCGCGCCCACUGUUCCCUCAUUUCGAAGAGAGUAGAGCUUUCGGUGCAGGACUGGCAGAUGUCCAUGCCAAUAGUCAUCACUCCACCCUGGGAGCUUGCUGUGCU